AUGAAAGAUCAGAGUUCGAAAAUCACCAAGAGACGUCCGUCUCCAGAAACACUCGAGGUGUUACGUAAGCGUGGAAUCGCACGAGCUGCAGAGUACCGCGAACUAACUUCCGACCUUGCAAAACAGUGUAGACAGGCGAUAAAAGAUCUUAGAGAGAGAAUAGCAGUAGUUAUGGCCGAAGCUGCAGUUGGUGGGAAAAGCAUUCGCAAAGCCCACGGGAGCUUCGCUAAUUACAGGACUAAAAUGAUUGCACUCCGGCGCCCAGAAGGAACAGUUACAGUGUCCAAAAAGGCAAUGGAGAAGAUCAUUCACGAAUGCUACUCGGAUCUCUUCGAUAGCCUGUCCACCUUCCGUCAUAUGAAAUAA